CUGCAGCCUUCCCAAUUGCACAGGCGCAGUGCCACUUACCCAGCAUGGAAGCGUUGUGUCUCGGCUGUGUGUUGGCGGCGGUUCUAACGUGGGGUUUUCUCUGCUUUUGGGACUCUGCAGAACGAAUGAAGACUGCGGAGCAAGCAGGCCUGUUGAAAUCCGGAAGCCGAACCCUUCUCGUGAUCGCGCACCCCGAUGAUGAAGCCAUGUUCUUUGCUCCCACAGUGCUAGGUUUGGCACGCCUGAAGCACCGGAUGUCCCUGCUCUGCUUCUCUGCAGGAAAUUACUACAAUCAAGGAGAGAUUCGUAAGAAAGAACUUUUGCAGAGCUGUGAUGUUUUGGGGAUUCCAACCUCCCGUGUUAUGAUUAUUGAUAACAGUGAUUUCCCAGAUGAUCCAGGAGUGCAGUGGGACACAGAGCGUGUGGCCAACAUUCUCCUCCAGCAUGUAGAGGUCAAUGACAUCAACCUGGUGGUGACUUUUGAUGCAGGGGGAGUCAGUGGUCACAGCAAUCACAUUGCUCUGUACACAGCUGUGAGGGCCCUGCACUCCGAAGGGAAGUUCCCUAAAGGGUGUUCUGUGCUCACACUUCAGUCUGUGAAUGUGCUGCGCAAGUAUCUCUUCCUCCUGGACCUGCUCUGGUCUCUGCUGCAUACUCAGGACAUCCUCUUCAUGCUCACCAGCGAAGAAGUGGCACAGGCAAAGAGAGCCAUGUACUGCCAUAGAAGCCAACUCCUCUGGUUCCGCCGCCUCUAUAUUCUCUUCUCCAGGUACAUGAGAAUCAACUCACUGCACUUCCUCUGAGGCUUUGAAGAGUUUUCAGAUCUAAGGAACAAAGGAGAAAAGUAGAUCAGGAAGACAAGGGGCCUGCCUGGAGAUGGCUUAUCUUCCUGAGUCAAAGGAGUUCCCAGCUAAGUGCCUCUGCAAAUGGAGACCCUGUUGGCCAAUGGGCUACCCAAACUCUGGCUUCUUCCUCUGGUGAGGGGGUCAGGGUGGAAUGAAGAACUGAAAACAAACCAACCCAAGGAUAAUACAAAUUCUUGUGAAAAAUAA